AGAGCCAUGGCCGAGGCGGCGGCGGCGGUUCCGGAAUGGCAUGCGGGGACCGACCUCCAACGGGAGGCCCAGAUUCAGUCUGCAGAGAUCUCCCUUUUGGCCAUCUUGGCUACUGUUCAGGCAGUGGAGAAGAAGAUGGAGUCUCAGGCUGUCCAGCUUCAAAGCCUGGAAGUACGAACAGGGGCAGCUGAGAAGAAGCUGGCCGACUGCGAGAAGACCUCCGUGGAGUUCGGGAACCAGCUGGAGGGCAAGUGGGCCGUGCUGGGGACCCUGCUGCAGGAGUACGGGCUGCUGCAGCGGCGCCUGGAGAACAUGGAGAACCUGCUGCAUAACAGAAACUUCUGGGUCCAGCAGCUGUCCCCGGGCACCAAGGGCGAGGCCCCCAGGGCUCCCGUGAGUACUGAAGACAUGACGGGGUGCUUCUCUGAGCAGGAAGGCAGUCUAGAAGAGUGGCAGAAGGAACUCUGCAGGCACGCGAAGGGACGCCAGGAGAUGCUGGGACCCCUGGAAACGGGUCAGCUGGGACCCCCUGCAGCAGCAGUGUUACCCUGGAUCAAGCAAGAGCAAGAGGCAUGUGGGAGGGACUUGCAGGCCAUGGCAGCUACACCCCUGAGCUCAGAGACCUGGCUGGCCAGCAAAGACAAGAGGAGCCCGGAGGGAGGGUCCGAGGGGCUGGAGCCUGCCUGGGCGGCCGAAGGGGGGCUUGACCAGGAGGACUUGGAAGCAAGCACCUUCUCCAACGAGAAAGAGAUGGCCUCCCUCCCUCCUGGCACCCAGAUCCAGGCCGUGCCAGCCGCGGGGGGCGCAGAGCGGUGCCCGCCCCGCUCCGAGAGCGAGAGUGGCGGGGAGCCCUCCGGCCGCACCCCGCUCCCCGAGGGCGUCGCCGCCAGCCCGCUGCGCCCGCGCCCGGCGCCGCGGACCCACACCUGCACCCAGUGCGGCAAGAGCUUCGUCCACCAGUCCACGCUCACCACGCACUACCGCACGCACACCGGGGAGAAGCCCUACGAGUGCGCCGAGUGCGGGAAGCGCUUCGGCCGGCUGUCCACGCUGCUGGAGCACCGGCGCACGCACACCGGCGAGCGGCCCUUCCCGUGCGCGCAGUGCGGCCGGCGCUUCGGCCGCCUGUCCACGCUGGUGGAGCACCGGCGCACGCACACCGGGGAGAAGCCCUUCCCGUGCGCGCAGUGCGACAAGCGCUUCACGCGCCUGGCCAACCUGACGGUGCACCAGAGCGUGCACGCGGGCGAGCGCGCCUUCCAGUGCGCGCAGUGCGGCGCCCGCUUCCCGCACAAGCCGGGCUUCCUGCGGCACCUGCGCGCCCACUCGCGGGAGAAGCGCUUCGCCUGCGGCCAGUGCGGCAAGAGCUUCGCCGGCCGCUCCUGGCUCGCGCGCCACCAGGGCAGCCGCACCUGCGGGGCCGGCGAGGGCAGCGCGCCCAGCAGCCCUCAGCCCGAGUCCUCAAGGCCCCCGGGCGGCCCUCCCGCCGCGCCCCGGGCCCAGGCCGCCAGGACGCAGGGCCCCCGAGCCGCCCCAGGGUCCCCAGCGCUGGGGCGGCCCCUGCACAGCUUCCCUUCUCGGGUGAAGAUGGAGAACGCGGGGUAG